CACAAUAUUCCAGCUGGAACUUCAGAGUGAAUUUGGAAAGGGCCACUUUCUUUAAUAAAAAGAUGGGGUACAGUGUGAAGAAGAAGAGGCUAGAACGACCCCCGGACCAGCCAAAGCCCGUGCCACUGAGUCCCCGCGUCCAGCGCUUGCGUCCUGCCGCCGUCACCACCAUGCCCAAGAGAAAGGCUGAAGGGGAUGCUAAAAGAGAUCAAGCCAAGGUGAAGGAUGAGCCACAGAGAAGAUCUGCAAGGUUAUCUGCUAAACCUGCUCCUCCAAAGCCAGAGCCCAAGCCUAAAAAGGCCCCUGAAAGGAAGGGAGAGAAGGUACCCAAAGGGCAAAAGAUGAAAGCUGAUGCUGGCAAGGAUGGAAAUAACCCUGCAGGAAACGGAGAUGCCAAAACAGACCAGGCACAGAAAGCUGAAGGUGCUGGAGAUGCCAAGUGAAGUGUGUGCAUUUUUUGAUAACUGUCUACUUCUGGUGCCUGUACAGUUUGAAAUAUUAUUUUUUAUCAAGUUUUAUAAAAAUGCAGAAUUUUGUUUUACUUUUUUUUAAAAGCUAUGUUGUUAGCACACAGAACAUUUCAUUGUUGUUUUGGGGGAAGGGCAUAUGUCACUAAUAGAAUAUCUCCGAAGCUAGAUUGAUAACAAGGGGAAAAACACCUUUCCCUUCUAGUUUUGAGAAACUUCCUCUGGACUCCCAGGAGGAGGGAUUCUUUGAUGUUGGCAUACAUGAGCCACCUUGGUGGUGUGGAAAGACUAAAAUUCAUUUUUUUAUGUCCUCUUCUCUCUCUCUGCCUUCAACAUAGACUUGAUUCUCUUAAACCCAGAGACCUGUUGGAACCUGACCCCAAGAAAUGGUUCCCAGUAUGUUAUGCAAUCCGGACUUUACAUUGUCACCACUGAGAUGGCGUCCCUCAAGAGUUCCUUUUUUUUUUUAGCUUGUAGAUCUUCAGAUUGAUAAUUCUACCAUUUUCAUUUCAUUUCCUGAAAGUCAGGGUCGGCUUGUGAAAAGUUGUUAAACAACAUGCUAAAUGUGAACUGUCAACCCUCACUCUAAACUUUCCCUGUUCAGAGCAUCACAUGAAGAAUUCAUUGGGUUUUAUAGUGGCUUUCUGAUUUUGGUAGUCCAUUGAAGAAGGGGCUUUAAAAGUUGUUGUAUGCUGUUAACAAUCGUCCGCCCAUGUCCUUCCUGAAAUACCAUGAUUAUGAAAAGUAUCUUUAAUAAAGCUGGAUACAGUUUGGCUUGGAAAACAAACAAACAAACAAACAAAUGGGAAAACAGAGUGGUUGUUCAACCAGUGGGUAGAAACUCACUUUCUCCAACUUUAAGGAGAAAAUCAUUAUAGACUAGACCUAUUUUGGACAAAGGACAUUUCGAUGAGUAGAUAAGAAGGGAAUCUCUGUAAAUGCUAGAGGAAUCUCUAAAUGCUAAACUGAACUGUUCUUCAUUUUGUCUCGGUUGGAAGUAUUUAUUUGCCCACCCAAAAAGCUUCCCAAAAUAUAGCUUAUUGAGGUUAUUAAAAAAGAUAAAUAUUUAGAAGGACACAACAUACUCAACAUAUUUUUAGAAAAUGUUGAUAUUAGCAACAGCAGUUAGUUGUUUAUUUUAUACAAUUUUGAAACAAAGACCAAUCGAGAUAAAUCCUACAAGUUCUCACUAAUAUACUGAU